CACACACGCCAAAAAUAUAAUGUUGAAAAUAUCUGGCUAUUUUUGGAAUAUAUAUUUGCUUUUUCCCACACGCUGCAUUGAAAAAUUUAUACCUCAAGUGAAGCAACACACAAAAAACCUCGAGAAAAUGAUAAUCUUUUAAAAAUCCAAGAUAUACGCUUUAAUAUAAAUUGCAUCUCGUUUUUUCGAAAAGUUCUCAAAAAUAAAAAACCAAAACAGUCAUCAAGACAAAAAGAACAAAUUAAAAAAAGAAAGAAAAUAAUCCAAGGCGAAAGAACAGCUAAAGUGAAAUGUUUUUAAUGGGCAAUCAGAAAUGAUGAAGAUCGGUUUCAACCCGAAAAAAAAAAACACAUACAAUAUCCAACUGAAAUGUCCACCAAGACGUCGCCAUCGUCCACUUCUCGAGAUGCCAACGUGGGAUCCUCUAGUGCAAUUCCCGUUCAGAUCAAAAAAGAACUGCCCAGCGAUGAGAUAAAGGAAUUCGCUCACAACACCAUGAACGAGCUGCUUGGCUGGUAUGGAUUCGAGGGUGUUGAUGUGGAUCGUCUGGAACUGACCGCCAAGACGUCGCGCCUGCUGCAAAGUGCUGCUGCUGCUGCGGUGGCCAAUCAACAGAACCAUCAGAGCCACCAGCUUCACCAGAUGGAGCACCAGCAUUCAAGUUUGGAAAGGAAGCGGGGCAGUCUCCUGCGCAGUAGUCGCAGUUCUUUGGCAGCAGCCUAUCACAAUAACAACAACAAUGGCAGCAGCAACAAGAAUAAUGUAGGAGGAGUCGGUGGAGUAGGUGCUAGUGGAUGUGGUGUGAGUGGGAGAAAGGGCGGUCUGCUGAACUGCAGCAGCACCACCACCACGCCAUCGGACCACGAUACCCGCAGCUCACGGGAGGAGGACUCGAAAAGUCCGCACUCCAUCGAAAAACCAGCGGUAGUACCGCACACGGAGGAGAAAAUAGACUUCAGCAACUGCUGCUGGUGCCAUCGACCGAUUGCGGAGAAUGCGCCAGAUUACCUGACUAGUUGCGACGGACCGCGUUACUGCUCGGAAUCCUGUUUCGCCCAGAGCCGGAGGGCAUCCUUCAAGAAGGCCAAGACCUGCGACUGGUGCAAACAUGUCCGACAUGCGGUGAGCUAUGUUGACUUCCAGGACGGUGCCUCCCAGCUACAGUUCUGCUCGGAGAAGUGCCUCAACCAGUACAAGAUGCAGAUCUUCUGCCACGAAACACAGGCCCACCUGGACAUGCAUCCGCACCUGCGGGAUCAGGCUCUGGAUGCGGGCAGUGAGGCUGGGUUAAUUACCCCGGAUCUGUGGCUACGCAACUGCCGAAGUCGCUCGGCUUCGCCUGCCUCUACGCUCUCGGUGUCUCCUGGACCACCUGCUCUACCAGCAUCCAGUCGUUGUCCAGACUCACCGCCUAGUCAACAUCCCAGCAAACCUCUGAUCUCAGUGGCUCCCGUUUCCAAGUUGCUGGCUCAGAAGAGUCCUGGUCCUGCAGGAGUUCCACCACCUCCGCCGCCACCUGUCCAGCGGCACUUGGGUGCCAAGUUGGGUCGCCGGAAGCGCCGAGGUCUCUCCUCCUCAUCGGGUUCCGAAACAGUGGCCAGUCUGCUGCAGAAACAGCAGCAACAGCACCAGCAACAGGCACAGCAGCAACAUCAGGCACCUCCAACAUUAACAGCUGACUUUGCGGGAUCCAGUGUCCCACUACCUCCUCUCUCACCCAUGCCAAACAUGCAGGAGUCACCACAGCAGCAACAGGCUCCACCUCAGGUGGCUCCUCCACAAGCUCUUCCACGUGGACCUACGGCCAUUCCGGCCAGCUACUUUGCAACGCCAUCAAAUGGUGUGCCCAUGGGACAUCCUUUUGUAGGCCGUCCUCCACCACCACCGCAUCACUUUAUGCAUCCUCCUCCACACGGAAUGAUGCCGCGGGGAUUCGGUCCGCCAUUUGGGCCACCUCUUCCGCCACAAAUGCCCGAGCUAGGAUCCUUGCUGGGUGCUGUUCCACCAGUGACCGUGAUGGUGCCAUAUCCUAUUAUCAUCCCCCUGCCGAUACCCAUUCCCGUUCCCCUACCAGUGAUGGACUUCUAUAAGGCACACCUAACUCCUGAGGAAAGGAAGCGUUUUGACGAGGAACGGGCUGCCUCGAGCAGGGGAGAUAACCCAGGAGAACAGGAACAGCCACAGCCACUGGACUGCAGCAAAACCAGAAGUGAGUUGGAGGAGGAUAAGCCAGAUGUGGAGCAACCAAAGGAGCCUCAUGAGGAAAUAGACAAAGAUCAGGAAGAGGAUGAGAAGGAAUCCAUACCAAAGACAAAUCCAGAUAGAGAGACCACCCCGGCUUCGCCAUCAAUCUCGCAGGAAUCAUCGUCCUCAACGCAAGAGACACACUGCAUCGUAAGGGAUUCAGCUCUAUCCGAACCAGAGUCGGACAGUCAAAAACUGCCAAAGCUGAAGAUCACGCGGCUGCAGACCAAAAGGACGCUCAUCCAAACCAAAGAGGCGGCGGCCGAGUGCAGUCGACCGCUGCGCAAACGCAAGAGGAUCAUCGAUUGCGAUUUCCAGAAGAUGGCCAUUAAGGAGCCGGAAGUGAACAGCGAUAGCCACCACAGCAACGGCAGCGACAACAAGGAGGCGGAUCCGGAUGAAGAGUGCAAUAUGAGUGGCAACCACAGCAACAGUGGUAGUGCUAAAGCUAAAAAGUAGACAUAAACCUUAGUUUUACCCUUAAAAAGUAGUAGAAUGUAUUUAUCUAUGUAUGUGUGAGUGUGUCUGUGUGUUUGUCUAAGCGAAAGCGGAAAUGAAGUCAAGAUAAAGAGAGGGAGAGCAAGCGGUUAGGCACAAAGUGCAUGCGGUAAUCAGAAUUGAAUCUUAAUAAACUAAAACAUAACUUAUUAAAAGGAAAC